AUGACCACAUGCAGGCAUAUAAAAAAAGUUCUCGGCCUGGAGCGGGCUUUAAAAGAGCAUGAGAAGUGCUUGACUAAAGCAGAGCAAUGCAUGGUGCAGCUGGGGGCUAAGAGCAUGCAGAGCACAGAGCAGCUCGAUUCUGCCGAGAGAAAGCAUGCAAGGCUUGUGAACGACUUGCAGGGGAGUAGUUCGAAUUUGCGUGCUGCGAUGGGGAAUGGGGGAAGGCUUUUGGAAGAGCUGCAUGAGGUAGAAGCGCGCUUGGAGCUAGAAAAAGCAUGGGUUGUGUCUGGAGGAGGAAAGCAAGGAGGAGGCCUCCGUUGA